AUGGAUCAUAGGGGUGUGAGUAUAGACCACGGAUCCGUAGCUCAGCCUUAUCCGUCGCAAGCUAUGGCAGCUCACGGGAUGACAGCAGCUCAGGGCAUGUCAGCACAAGGCAUGGCGCCGCAAGGCAUGGUAGCACCACAAGGGAUGGCAGCAUCGCAAGGCAUGGCAGCACCGCAAGGAAUGUCGGCAGCACAAGGCAUGUCAGCAGCACCGCUCUCAGGCAUUUCAACAGCGGGUGGCCUCUCAGCACAAGGCAUUUCAGGCCCAGGAAUGUCAGGGCCAGGCAUUUCGGGACCAGGCAUGUCCAGUUACUCGUACGCGGGUCAGCCGUACCAGGUUCCGUUCACGCACAUGAGACCGGCGUUCGCGGCGCCCGAUGCGUACCACCAGUUUCAGGACCCCGCGGUGUACCAGGGAGGAGGGUACGCGGCGGGCCAGUACGGGAGGCAAGGGGAGGAGGAGUACCUGGUCGCGAAAUUCUCCACAACGGGGGAGCCGUGGCCAAGGUUCAACAACGGGGAGGACUCUCUCACAACGCGAGGUCGCAAGAUGGCACGAGGAAAAGGUGCAGCGUGGGAGCAUGGGGAUGCGGGUAUGGGGCUCAACUCACCAGCAGGACCCAUGGGUCAGCCGCAGCAGCAGUCAGCAUGCCGCUACGACAACUCUCUUGGGCUUCUUACGAAGAAAUUCAUCGACCUAAUAAAGGGUUCAGAUGAUGGGACAUUGGACCUGAACACUGCAGCGUCAACCCUCCAGGUUCAAAAGCGGCGGAUAUAUGACAUUACGAAUGUUCUGGAAGGCAUUGGGUUGAUUGAGAAGAAAGGGAAGAACAACAUUCAGUGGAAGGGCCUGGAGUGCGAUUCGACCAUCAAGGAAGACUCACAAAUCUUACAGGCGGAGUUGAAUCGGCUAAGGGAGGAGGAGUUGAGUUUGGACAAUGGCAUCAAGUACGUUGAGGGUUUGGGGUGUCUGUCCAUUUGA